UAGCAUUUUGGAAAGAACGAAAAACGGGCUAUCUCCCGAUGUAUUUAACUCAAUUUUGGACAUUUUCACGAAAAUUCACUUUUUUUGAGGGGGGGCCUUAAUCAUCAAUAUUAAAACUAAGUUUUUUUUUUACUUAGAACGUAUCUGAUAAAUAGUAAGCGAUUAAGUAAUUCACCGGUGAAAAAUACUGUUGCAUUCUGUUUUUGUUUUCUCAGAAAAGAGCUGAUUCUCUGCUGUAACCACAUUGACGCGAGCAAUAUUACGAUUUGAUAAUCCCGAAGCUGAGAAACAAUACCUUUACGUCUUAACCCUUGUACGCUGUCUGGGGGUCCAACCGGACCCACAACGCUGAUUUUUGUCUUUAGCUACGUUAAUACUUAUCGUUUGCGGAUCGAUCUCUUCUCUAAUCGUUACUCUCCUAACAAUGCACAAAGAUCAUAUGAAAUUUCUUUGAUACCUCUUACAGGGGCAAAAUUAAGGGGUGGGUCCACACGGAGCCCAUAACAUCUUUAGUGUUAUAUGUGUGAUUUUUUUUUCUUGUUCAAUAUGCCCUCUGUUAUCUAGAAGGCUUAUCUCUCAAGAGAUUCGUUAACUUGUCACUACCAAUAGUGAUUCGUCUAUUAUUUGAUAUUUGUCUGCUAGAUUUGUUACAAUUACAUCGAACUACUUUUAUAACCAUUUUGUAUCACGACAAUUAUCUUCGAUUUUCUUUCCGUGGAGAGAAACUAUGCCUAAAACUUCUAAGAUUCUUCGAGUAUAAAAAGUCCAACAUUUUUAGUAUUUUUUCAGAUAAAAAGAAUGACUACUAAUCCAAAUUUAAAAAGAAGUCGUGAAUUUUCUACGUCAAAUAGUACGAAUGAAUUUGAUAACAUUUCUGAGGAUGAUUAAUCGAAUUCUGAUACAGAUUAUCAUAUUUCUGAAACCGAAUCCGAUGACAUAUCCACUGAUGAAUUUAUUUCGCAGAACGAAGAUUCGUCUGAUUCUUAUGCUAGUGAUAAUGAUUCAUCAGAUUCUUAUGUCAAUGAUGAUAAUGAUAUAUUCAAACAUGCUCAACCUGAAUUUGUUGAAAAAAAUGGUAUUUCAUGGUCGAGUUAAAAGACUCAAGUUCCUGGACACCUACGUGCAAUAAAUAUACUUAAAAAAAAUCUGGUUCUAUUACUUCAAUUCAGACUAUGAUAGAUGCAUUUAGAUUGUUUAUUACUGAAGACAUUCUGAACGAAAUUGUUAUGCAAACAAAUAAAUAUGCGAAAAGAUUUAUUGAUCAAGAAAAUCAAAGACGAUUGAAUAUUAGGAAUAAUCAUAAACAACCAAUAAAAUGAAAAGAGCUUGAUUACAUCGAAUUAGAAGCAUUUCUCGGCUUGUUGAUUCAAGCUGGUGCUGAAUUUAGUCAUCAUCAAUCACUUAUAGAAUUAUGGGAUAUUAGUCGAAGUCGACCAAUGUAUCAUGCAACAAUGUCAUUGGAACGAUUCAAAAAUCUUUUACGAUUUCUUAGAUUUGAUGAUCGUCAACGACGUGAUAAGUCCGAUCGACUCGCCGCUAUUCGAUAUGUGUUUCAAUCAUUUACUAAACAACUUCCUCGACAUUUUAUUUCAAGUGAAAAUAUCACGAUCGAUGAACAAUUAGUACCAUUUUGA